AUGGCUGCAAGCAAUUCGCUUCAGGAGGAUCUCUAUUCGCAGAACGGUCAGAGCCAGAAGUCCCCGUCGCCUCAGCCCCAGCAUCGUCGCGGCUACCAGGCCUGUGAUCCUUGCCGUAAACGCAAGGUCAAGUGCGACCUUGGCAGUGUCGAUAAUCCCCGUCCUCCCCCCUGCGUGCGAUGCCGUCGUGAAAGCAAACGAUGCGAGUUCUCCGCAACCAGGCGCAAGCGGAAGCCCUCCGAGGUCGAGGAAGGUGUCGAUGGCGUCCUCAUUCGUGACAAGCGAAUGAUGGUCGGAGAUUCGGCUCCCAAUGGCACUUCGGUAGAUGGGUCCUACAGCACACGGCCGGAGCCGACAUCGCUCGACAGCGACAGUCUUCAUUCGCGACAAAAGUGGUCUGAGGGGCCUCCUCCUGCGCCCAGUCAAGCACCCCAACCCGAUGCCGGUCAGCGUUACGGUCCAAACCAGCCUACAUCUACGACGGCUCCUGCUGCUCCGUUUCAGGAUGCCCGACCGGUUCGUCCUCCCAUGUGGCCUCUUGGCGAUCGUCCUGGGUUGGGUUUUGGACUUGAAGGUAGCCAGCCCAUGAUGAACCGCACCGCCGUGGAGCUAUUAUCGCCUGCGAUCAGUAACAGUCACGAUGCCCUUCAUCUGUUAUCCGAAGCGGCCGGACGGACCGAGGAUCUCAAUCGUCAGAGCCUCGAGAAUCGGUAUGCUGCGCGGCAGUCGGUGUCAUCCUUCAACUCUCCCAUAUCGCCCAUGACGCAGGCCGGCACCCCUCGAAGCGCAGGCGGGUCCUUUUCGAGAGCACCCCGGCCAGGGAACAUGUCGAUGGGUAACUUUUAUAACUCUGGGGGGGCGACCUCCUCGGAAGCUGCAAACACAGAUGUCCGCGAUCAGAAUGGAUCGGCAGACAACUUCCAAGAUUCGGCAUACGUCGACGCUGUCAGAGCAUGGUCGCGCCUGCGUUUCGUCCGCGCAGGAUGGCUGACAGUGGAAGAAUCCAUGGCAUAUGUGGCAUAUUACUACGAGCAUCUCGCGCCCUUGAGUCCCAUCGUCAUUCCGGAUUUCUCGCAUCCCUCGACGCAUCGCACCCUCCUCACCGAUGAGCCUGUCUUGGCUGUUACGAUUCUUACGACAGCCUCGCGGCACAUGAAGCCAAAGGGAGAUGGGGCAUAUACUCGAGCAUUCUACAUCCAUGACCGACUCUGGUCAUAUCUUCGUGGGAUGAUUGAGCGUUUAUUCUGGGGCCAGGAGAAGUUUGGUGGAAAUGGUAUUGGUAUCAGCAAGCCCCGAUCGUUUGAUCUUGCGCCGAGUGCGGCCAAAGUGAGCAUGAAGGGAAACUUGAGAUCCCUGGGCUCGAUUGAGGCCUUGCUGAUUCUCACGGAUUGGCACCCAAGAAACCUACACUUCCCUCCGGGUGAUGACGAGAAUACGCUUUUGGAUCUGGAUGGGCACGCUCAAAUCCGCCUUGAGAAAGAGUUUGAGCACGACGGUGAGCCGCCCCAGAACCGAUCUCACCACAACACCGCGGAAGGGAGACUCGCGUUCCAAAAGUGGCUGGAGCCCGCAUGGCGGUCGGACCGGAUGUCCUGGAUGCUAUUGAGCACUGCACAAGCACUUGCCUUUGAGCUUGGAGUCUUUGAUCAGAAGAGCGACGCCAAGACCACCCAUGAGUCUCCUGCCGAACAAACACGGAAACGUCGACUUCGCCGUCUUAUUCUUGUCUACAUUACGCAAAGCAGUGGUCGAUUGGGAAUACCUUCCAUGCUUCCUCUGCCCCAAUGGACGAGCGACAUCCAGCCAACGCCAAUAUCGAACUCCAAGGGCAACGAUGCAACGAUUGACCGAAUGCACGACUGUUGGAUCGGGAUUACCAAGAUCAUGUAUCAAAGCAACCAAUUACUGUUCGCGUCGAAUGAACAGACGUCUGAGCUGAUCAGGAGCGGACGGUAUCGUGAUCAGAUUGACAGGUUUCAACCAUUUCUUCGCGAAUGGAGGAGUAACAUUGACACCAUUGACCUUGCUCCGGCCAUGCGACACAUCUUGAUGAUUGAAUACGAAUAUACCCGUGUAUACGUCAAUUCGCUCGCUUUGCAAGCCGUGGUGGAUCGCUGGACGACGAUGUCGAACGAGGCCGCCCAGGCGCAAAACGGAAGGCCAGGCUCGGGUCCUUCAUCGAACAACGGGUGGUUCCAUGUGCUCAUGGAGCUAUACCGUGUUAACGAGCAAUAUAUCCAAGAAGUUGUCGAUGCGUCGCGUCGGAUUUUGCAGACGGUCCUGGAAGAUCUUGUUCCUGGUGAUCACAUGAAGCACGCUCCAGUGAGGACAUGUUUCCGAAUUCUGUCCGGCAUGAUCUUCAUUCUCAAGACUUUCACGCUGGGAGCCAAAGAAGAUGAUGUGCGCGUAUCUUUGGACCUGCAGGACCGAACGGUCGAAGCGUUGAGGACGAGUGUUGUCGACGAUGUUCACCUGAGUCACGCCAUUGCUCGCCUCUUAGAACUUCUCACCAGCAGUAUUCGGACUCGAUUUCUGCGCUUUGCCCCGCUGGACCGAGGCGGCGAUGGCGACGGUCAUGAUCGGACAUCUGCACCGGUCUCCAGACAUCAGUCGCCGCGUCCUCGCGAUAGCACGCAAGGUCGUCGUGAUGGACCGAAUCAUGCCUGGACGCCCGCCCACAACGCCACGCAGAACAUUGGCUAUGUCGAUAGCAACAAUCACACAAACACGACAAUGGCGUCAGGCCAUGAUCCGCUGGCCGCCAUUCCUGCGCAGCCGAUCAACUCGUCAAAUAUCAAUGUCUCAUUCAUGCCGCCACCGCCGUCGGUGUACCAUAACUACUAUGAUUCGCAUACUUCUCCCCCGCCGGGAAGCAUGGAAGGCUCCACUGUUCCAUCGCAGUCGAUGAAUGACAAUCCCGGCACCUCCGGCGGGCUUCCGGACUGGUUCGCCCUGCCGCUUGAUCAAUUCUUCAACAGCUCCAUGGCCGUUGUCGAUCACGGUCUCGGUGGAACCGGGCCAAUGGUGGGCGAGUUCGACAUGCUAGAGGUUCUUCUGAAUGAGCAAUACGACGGCACUGGCGAUGGACUUGACUCGACUGUUCGAGAGGGUCUUCCCUCCCAGUUUCUACACUCCUAG